AUCAUGACGUCAUAUCCUAACGACUCUUUAGCAUGUCCGCUUAAAGAAGGUGCUAGCAAGACAAGGCACCAUUAAACUCUUUUACAAUGUUACUCUUGAGGUUAAAACACGGUAAUGUCGCCACGGUUUGACGUCUAGACAGUUUGAUUUAAAAGUGACAUUGAGGUGAGCCGUCAAUAUACAGCACAGAAUUCGAUCCGAGUGCAGAAAUGAACGUCGCUAAUCAAGGAAGUCGCCCAGCUGGUGGACAAAAGUAGCUAGCUUGCUAGCCAGCUAGCCGUUAGCAGGAGUACUUUUGUUUUGGGUUUGAGAAACAACAAGAAGCCACCCACAGGGCGUCAUUAGCAUUUCGAGAGAUCUGUUUUAGUGGAAAGGUCGGACCAGCAGGAGAGUGCAAAAUAUGGGCAACUGUCUCAAAUCCCCGACAUCGGACGACAUCUCUCUGCUUCAUGAAUCCCAAUCUGACAGGGCGAGUUUCGUGGACGGCACGGAUGCAGACCUGGAGCCACCACCGCCUUACCAGGAGCAGGCUCACAUGCCCAUGUACCAUCCCACGCCCAGCCAGGCCCGUCUCGCCACCCAGCUGACAGAGGAGGAGCAGAUCCGCAUAGCCCAGCGCAUCGGACUGAUCCAGCACCUGCCCAAAGGCGUGUACGACGGAGGGCCGGAUGGCUUGGAGAAAAAGAUCAGAGAAUGCGUGAUCUGCAUGCUGGACUUUGUCUAUGGCGACCCAGUGCGGUUCCUGCCGUGCAUGCACAUUUACCACAUGGACUGUAUAGACGACUGGCUCAUGAGGUCCUUCACGUGCCCCUCCUGCAUGGAGCCUGUCGAUGCGGCCCUGUUGUCCACCUAUGAGACCAACUGAUGCUCCCAGGAGCAUAAAAACACACACAAAGGUUGGCUGUCGUCUUGUCUUGCACUUUCAAAAAAAAAGUCCCCUGACCUGAUACUGUUCUUAAAACAACCCCUAAGAAAGUUUCAGAAUUCUAGAUUUGGGUGCAUCUACUUGAGCUGGCCUCAGUGGUCACUUUACGGUAAAUUAUUGACCAAACACCCUAAUCAGAAGCGCAAUGUUAUACAGUUCUACUAUUACUAGUUGAAAUACUAUUUAUGAAUAUUAUUUGGCUGUGGUGUGUCAUUCCCUUACACGGGGAUAUAAUCCAUAGUAAAUAUGUAAAGACAAGAAUACCCAGCAAACCCUGUAUAAGCAAAAAUAGGUUGUGAAUGUUAUUUUGGUGUGUGUUUGUACAGUAUGUGUGUGUGUGUGUGUGUGCGUGUUAAUAAAGCAGCCAGUGUAAAGGGCUCUGGUGCAUGAGCAAGACGAUCACAAGUUAAACACACACACACAUCAUCUGAUCCACUGAUUUGCACUUUACUUUAGGAACAAUAUCUUAAACUAUAUAUAUAUGAUUAAUAUAUGUAUAACCUUGCACUAUCAACACGUCUUUCCGUUUUUGUUCAGUCAGUGUGUGCGGUCACAAGCUUGCUCAUCACUCAUUUGAUUCCGCAUUUAUUUGUUAUUAUUUUGGUUGCUAUUAUUUUUUAGUGUUGUUGUUGCAUUUAGGCUUACUUAUAAUGUCACAAUGGGCAAACCAAGUUCAGUGUCAGUUGAAAAUUAGUUUUCAUUUGAGCGAAUUUCCUUUUUACUGUGUUUUUUAAACCCGAUCUGAAUGAUCACGUUUCCUGUAAUCAUUAUUUUAUUUGUUUUUUGUUUUUGAAAAAGUUAACCAGUCCUCAUGUGUGUGUGUAUGAAAAGGAAAAAAAUACAAUAAAUAUGAAAAGAUAA